AUGGUUCAUGUGGAAGCAAACGACGGCGCGGCCGCUUUCUACUUGCUCUUUGGGCUGGUUGUCUUCAUCACGUGCCUGACGCCCGUAAUCAUCGCGCGCGCGGCGCAAGGCAAAAAACCUUAUAUGCUCGCCGCGACCGUCGCAGCCGGCGUCCGCCGAGGCCGCGCGCGCGCCGGCGCAUGGCUCCCUCCGCAGGUGCUGGGCGCUGGCGCCGUGUGUUGGAAAAUCCACCCGACCGCGGUCGAGUGGGCCAACGCCUCGGCGACCUUCGAGCCGCACGAGAUCCUCGGCGUGGCGUGGGACGUGUCGGAGCGGGCCCUCCGGUCGGCGUACCGGCGCCUCGCGCUGGCGCACCACCCGGACAAGGGCGGCGACCCGGUGCGCUUCCAGCUCAUCGUGACGGCCUACGAAGCGCUGAUGAACCGGCUCCACGGCAACCCGGAGUUCUGA